CUGGGCGAGCGCUGGGGGAGCGCGAGGGGAGUAACGGUUCUGGGAACUGGGAGCUGCUCCCCUGCGGAGGGCGGCGUGGUCGCCGGUGUCACCAGCCAUCCUUCUGUAGCCUUCUGUCAGCGGUUCUCCUCGGGGGCAGCCUGUGUGGCCAAGGGAUAGGGAAGGAGAGGCCUUGCUAGUUGCUGGGGCUUUUUGUUUUGGGGGUUGUUUGCUUCACCCUCCGCCUGUCUGUCCUACAGCCGGAGUUCUUGGGCGUAAAUAAUAAUAAUAACAAUAAUUCUACCAGGUUUGCCCUCAUCCCGCAGCGCUUCGUGCCCAGGCCUUGCAGGGAGCCUGGAGUUUGGGUGACGGAGAAAAAGGUGACAUUUAUGAAGAUAACGAACCAUACAAUCACUCCAGCCUCAUCACAAAAGAAAGGCAAGAAGGUCUAUUUCCUUAAACCCUCCUCCAAAACAUCUAACUCGACCCUAAAUCUGAAGAGCCCCGCUUUACACCCUAUUACUGAGAUACCAUCUGAUUGACUGGGAUGCAUGUUCUGCUUUCCUCUGAUGAGUGAUAACCUCAACAUGGUCAGCUUGUAGGAAUUCUUGAUCUUUGGCUAAAGUACACUGACAAGUCUUAUCUGUACCAACUAUUUUUAUGGAGUGGACAACAUGCAGUGAGGUAGAAGACAGACAUGACUAGUGGGGCUGAGUAGAGUGGCCUUCAAAGACAGCCCAAGCCCUCUUCCUUUCGUACAGCCUGAUAAGCUACUGUAGAAUUCUAGCUUCAUAGCCACCGCCCAGCAGACACCACAGCUGCAUGGGCAAGCAUCUCCAGGCAGCAACUGACAGCCAUUCUCAACCGUGCUCCGCCCAUCCCAAACACAGCCUGUUCUUUGCACAUCCAAUGCGAGGUCCCCCAGCUAUAAGGCACCAUGUCUGAGAAGUUCAACUGCCACUACUGCCAGGACUCCUUGCAGGGGCAGAAGUAUGUGCAGAGGGACGACUUCAACUGCUGCCUGGCGUGUUUUGACAAGCACUGUGCCAAUACCUGUGAGCAAUGCCAUAAGCUCAUAAGUGCAGAUUCCAAGGAGGUACAUUAUAAGAACCGCUACUGGCACAAAACCUGCUUGCAUUGUGACAAGUGCCUUCAGCGCUUGGCCAGUGAGACCUUUGUGGCCUGGGACAACAAGAUCCUGUGCAACACCUGUGCCACUCAGGAGGCCUCCCCCAAAUGCAAAGGGUGCCAACAGAAUAUUGUGGCAGGAGACCAGAAUGUGGAGUACAAGGGCACCAUCUGGCAUAAGAACUGCUUCACCUGCAGCAACUGCAAGCAAAUUAUCGGGACCAAAAGUUUCUUCCCUAAAGACGAUGAGUUCUACUGUGUGGCUUGCCACGAGGCCAAGUUUGCCAAGCGCUGUGUGAAAUGCAAUAACCCCAUCACAUCAGGAGGAAUCAGUUACCAGAAUCAGCCCUGGCAUACUGAGUGCUUUGUAUGUGUUUCCUGCGCUAAGGAGCUGGGUGGGCAGCGCUUCACUGCAGUGGGUGACCAGUAUUAUUGCGUGGAAUGCUACAAGAACUUUGUGGCCAAGAAGUGUACUGCAUGUAAGAAUCCCAUCACUGGCUUUGGUUCAGGAUCUAAUGUGGUAUCUCAUGAACAGAAUUUCUGGCAUGACUUCUGCUUCAACUGCAAAAAGUGCUCUGCAAAUCUGGCCAACAAGCGUUUCGUCUUUCACGAAGAGCAGGUGUAUUGUCCUGACUGUGUCAAAAAGCUGUAACUUGACAAGGGCUGCUAUCCUGUAAAACAGCAUUCGAACCAUGA